ACUCAUUUGAAUUUCACUCGCUGUCCUCCCGUCAUCUUAUCCAUUCCUCCUGCGGCAACGGCGGCGGCUACGCCCAUUCCGUCGUGCGCCGUCGACGGCCGUCGCCGGCGUGUGGCCACGGCGAAGGUGGUCGGCCCAGACGGCUCUUUGGUGCAGUUCGCGGCGCCCGUCAUGGCGGGCGAGGCGCUGGGGGACGCCGCCAGCGCGUCGAGCUUCCUGUGCAGCGCCGACGAGCUCCGCUUCGACGCGCCCGCCCGUGCGCUGGCGGCCGAGGAGGCGCUGCAGCCCGUGUGGCUCUACUUCGCGAGCUCCGCUUCGACGCGCCCGCCCGUGCGCUGGCGGCCGAGGAGGCGCUGCAGCCCGUGUGGCUCUACUUCGCGAGCUCCGCUUCGACGCGCCCGCCCGUGCGCUGGCGGCCGAGGAGGCGCUGCAGCCCGGGUGGCUCUACUUCGCGCUGCCCAUGUCCAUGCGCCGCCGGCCGCUCUCCGGGCAGGAGAUGGCCGCCCUCGCCGUCAAGGCCAGCUCCGCGCUCGCCGUCGCCAGCGGUAAGGGGCGGAAGGCGGC